UUCCUCGGUGUGUUUCUGCAGAAGACCGAGUGGAUGACCACCACCUGUAACCACGCCCUCUACGCCAUCUGUGACGUCUUCACCCAUUUCUACGAAGCUCUGAGCCCGAUUCUCCUGCCGGACAUUUUCACUCAGCUGCAGUGGUGUGUCAGGCAAGAUAACGAGCAGUUGGCGCGGUCGGGGACGAACUGUCUGGAAAACCUGGUAAUUCUGAAUGGAGAGAAGUUCAGUCCUGAAGUCUGGGACAUGACCUGCUCCUGUAUGAAGGAGAUUUUCCAGAACACCUGUCCUCACGCGUUGUUGACGUGGCGUCCCGUGGGGCAGGAGGACGAGUCUUCAGAGGGAAAACAUUUUGAGGUGGACUUUGACGCUCAGUCUCAGGGCAGUUUGGAUCGCGCGGCGUCGGAGCGAGGACACAGUCAGAUGUCCAGUGACGACACGUGGAAGGGACGCUCCAACACGCGAGCUUCAGACCAGCGUCUCUUUGCUGGUCUCCUCAUUAAAUGUGUGGUGCAGCUGGAGCUCAUCCAGACCAUCGACAACAUCGUGUUCUACCCGUCCACCAGCAAGAAGGAGGACGCAGACAACAUGUCCGCCGCUCAGCGCGACACUCUGCAGGAAGUGACAGGUGAGACAGGUGAGACAGGUGCGGAGCAGGGCAUGUACGUGCACCUGUCGUCCUGUCACCUGUUCAGACUCCUGGACUGUCUCCUGGAGUCGCACCGAUUCGCCAAAGACUUCAACUCCAACAACGAGCAGCGCACGGCCCUGUGGAGAGCAGGUUUCAAAGGAAAGUCCAAGCCGAACCUUCUGAAGCAGGAGAGCACGAGUUUGGCCUGCAGCCUCAGGAUCCUGUUUAAGAUGAACUCUGACCCCAAACUGCAGGAAGCCUGGAACGACACACAGGAGCUCCUCAUGAGUGUUUGCUCUGAGGCUCUGGAUUAUUUCAUCAGUUUGACGUCAGAGAGUCACAGAGAAGCUUGGAACAAUCUCCUCCUACUACUGCUCACCAGAACACUGAGACUACCAGACCACAAGUUCCGUCCUCUGUCCUCGUCGUUUUACCCGCGUCUCUGUGAGAUGAUGCAGUUUGACCUGAUCCCGGAGCUCAGGGCGGUGCUCCGGAGGUUCUUCCUGAGGAUCGGCUCCGUCUUCCACAUCCACGCUCCACCACCAGAGGGCGCCGCGGCUCUGCCUGUCACAUAAACUCACCACCAGAGGGCGCCGCGGCUCUGUUUGUGUCUCUGCCUGUGACUGGGACUCUCCACAGGGGGCGCUGCGUCUCAGAGCGCAGGAGGCUCUCUGGACUCAUGAAGGAGCCUGAACACUGCGGAACAUUAAAGAACAUGAAACAAACGCAUCAGAACUUUGAUCUGGCUGAGGAGAAAAGUGCAUCUGACAGAUCCACACAUUUCUCUGAUUGUAACGUUAGAAAAAAGAAAAAGUGUGUCACAGUUUUACUUAAGUUCAAUGACAGAAAAGUCCCAGAACACAGAAGUGUGUGAGUGAAAACCAGGAUCCCUCUGCUGAUGUCAUCAGAGGAAAAGUCUCAGACUCAGUUUAAGCCCAAAGAAGAACUUGGGCCUGAGUCACCUGAGUCUGAUCACAGCUGCUGUGCACCUUUCACACUUUGGGCUUUGUUUACCUUCUGGUUGCCAUGGGAACAGUUUAACACUUUAGAAACAGAAUCACAAAAGUAGAAAAGAUUUAGUUUUAGUGAAAUGAGUUUGAUCUGUCAUCUGCACUUUAGCCUUAAGCUUCACUUCACAUGUCUCCAGGGCAUCUGGGUUAAAGUUCAGCUGGAGGUGUGUGGUGUCCUCCAGGGCAUCUGGGUUAAAGUUCAGCUGGAGGUGUGUGGUGUCCUGCAUGUUUUGGGUUUAAAUCUGUUGAUCAGAAACACCACAGACUUGAAAUAUUCGUCAUUUAACACAAAAAUCUUCACAUUAGUUCCUCUAAAGUCUUCCGUCCAAAACCUUCUCCUGAUCAUUUCCUCUUGGAGUGACUGAGUCUGAGAGACCAAACCCCAAACAGAAGAACCAGAGUGAGAACAGAACCAGGGACCUUCUCGCUGUGAGGCACCUCCUCAAAUCCAGAUGAAAGUUCUGACCCUCUGACUGCUGGAGACGAGCUCCUCUUCAGUCCGGACGCAAACGAUUCUCACUGUGAACAGUUCCCUGGCUGGACCUGCUCCAGACCUGGACCUGGACCUGGACCUGGACCUGGACCUGGA